GCAUGCAGCUCUCAACAUGUAAAUGAAUGACGUUGGCAGGAUGAGCACAAGCGCUAUGACAGCAUUCAACAGUAACUUUCCGCUGCAGGUCAGAUGCGCGCUCGAACUGGACGGACUGAUCGAAACGGAAGCUGUGUGAGUUUAACGGGAGGAUAUAGUCAAUAAAGUAACAUUCCUGUCGCUUCAAGAAGAGAAGGGGAAGAAAUAAAGAAUGACAGAUAUAAUGAACAACCCAGAACAUAGUCGAAAAGACUUCACUGUGAGUGACACCGGAGAGCAAGCUGUUUCAUUUCAGAUUUUCCCAGACACACAGGAGCGCCACCCCAAGGUGUUCAAGCGUUUGCCCUCCAUCGUAGUGGAGCCCACAGAGGGAGAGGUGGAGAGCGGAGAGUUACGUUGGCCCCCCGAUGAUCUGAGAAGCACAGACCCUUCAGGCCAAACACAAACACCCAUGUCCGCUUCACAAACCCAGAAAUCACACAGCCAGAGUACAGAUGAAGUCAAGUGCAGCAGCCUGGAAACAUCAGGGGCAGCUGAGCGUAACUGAAAUUUAAUAAAUACGUUGUCACAAGUC